CAAAGCCUUUACAGUUGGUGCAGCUUCAAAGAAGGAGAUAUUUCAUCAGAAGUUCAGCUAGGAGUCAGGAGCAAAAAUGCGACCGAUGCGUAUUUUUGUGAAUGAUGACCGCCAUGUCAUGGCAAAACAUUCUGCAGUUUAUCCAACUCAGGAAGAGCUGACAGCCGUUCAGAACAUGGUCUCUCAUACUGAACGUGCUCUCAAAGCUGUGUCUGACUGGAUUAACGAACAGGAGAAAGUCAGCAGUGAGCAGCCAGAACCACCAGCAGAGACCAUGGAGACGGCAGCUGAAGAAGAGAACAAAGAAGGAAGAAUUAAAGAUACAUGUGCAGUGGUAGCAGAGGGUGCUGCAGUUGGCAACUUUCUCAGCGAGCCGAAGACCACCGAACACUUGACUAGAACCCUUCGUGGAGUGAUGCGAGUUGGUCUUGUGGCCAAGGGGCUCUUGCUGAAGGGAGACUUAGACCUUGAGCUGGUGUUGUUGUGCAAGGAGAAGCCCACAACUGGUCUUCUGGAAAAAGUAGCAGACAAUCUUGGUGUGCAACUUGCUGGUAUUACUGAAGAUAAAUAUGAAAUUAUCCAGUCUAUCAGUGAUGCGGCAAUUGUCAUUAAGAAUACAAAAGAGCCUCCACUGACACUGACAAUCCACUUGACAUCCCCUGUUGUCAGAGAAGAAAUGGAAAAAAUGUUAGCUGGAGAAACGCUAUCAGUCAACGACUCACCGGACGUUCUGGACAGGCAGAAAUGCCUUGCUGCCUUGGCGUCACUCCGACACGCCAAGUGGUUCCAGGCCAGAGCAAAUGGCUUGAAGUCUUGUGUCAUUGUCAUCAGGGUGCUGAGAGACCUGUGUACCCGUGUUCCUACUUGGGCUCCACUUAGAGGAUGGCCUCUGGAGUUGCUAUGUGAGAAGUCAAUUGGAACAGCCAACCGGCCUAUGGGAGCUGGCGAGGCCCUGAGAAGAGUUCUUGAAUGCCUUGCAUCGGGAAUAGUUAUGCCAGAUGGUUCUGGUAUUUAUGAUCCUUGUGAAAAAGAAGCCACUGAUGCUAUUGGGCAUCUAGACAGACAACAAAGGGAAGAUAUCACACAGAGUGCUCAGCAUGCUUUGAGGCUUGCUGCAUUUGGCCAGCUUCACAAGGUCUUGGGGAUGGAUCCAUUGCCCUCAAAGAUGCCCAAGAAACCCAAAAACGAAACCCCGGUUGACUAUACUGUCCAGAUUCCCCCAAGCACUACAUAUGCUGUUACCCCAUUGAAACGUCCCAUGGAGGAAGAUGGAGAGGAGAAGUCCCCAAGCAAAAAGAAAAAGAAGAUUCAGAAAAAAGGUAUUGAGUUGGCAAGAGAGGAGAAAUCUGAACCUCCACAAGCCAUGAACGCUCUAAUGAAGUUGAACCAGCUAAAACCUGGGCUGCAGUAUAAACUCGUGUCUCAGACGGGUCCAGUGCAUGCUCCUAUAUUUACUAUGUCUGUUGAAGUUGAUGGUGUCACAUACGAAGCUUCGGGACCUUCCAAAAAGACAGCCAAAUUACACGUAGCAGUGAAGGUAUUACAAGACAUGGGGCUGCCUACUGGCGUGGAAGGCAGAGAGCGGGGGGACGAAUCAGCGGAGGAAACGGACCCGAAGCCAGUGGCCGUCACGGCUCCUCCUGUGGUGGAAACCGUCUGUACUCCAAGCGCUGCUUCACCGUCAGAGCAAACAGAGAAUGUGAAACAGCAGGGACCGAUCCUGACAAAACACGGGAAAAACCCAGUCAUGGAACUAAACGAGAAGCGCCGUGGCUUAAAAUAUGAGCUGAUUUCAGAAACGGGCGGGAGUCACGACAAGCGGUUUGUGAUGGAGGUGGAGGUUGACGGGCAGAAGUUCCAAGGGGCUGGUUCAAACAAAAAGGUGGCGAAGGCGUACGCUGCCCUGGCUGCGUUAGAAAAGCUUUUCCCAGAUGCUCCCCUUCCAGUGGAGCAAAAGAAGAAGCGACCCCCUAUGCCGACACGAGGAGGAGGGGGACCCAAGUUUAUAGUGAAGCAUAAUCCAGGCUAUGGUAUGGGAGGCCCUAUGCAUACUGAAGUACCACCUCCCCCGAGCAUGCGGGGUCGUGGUAGAGGCGGAAAUAUCAGAGGCCGUGGUAGAGGCAGAGGUGGCUUCGGUAAUGCCAAUCAUGGAGGCUAUAUGAAUGCUGGAGCUGGAUAUGGAAGCUAUGGCUAUGGAGGCAACUCUGCAACAGCAGGCUAUAGUGACUUUUUCACAGACUGCUACGGCUAUCAUGAUUUUGGGUCUUCCUAGAUCAUCUAAAAGUAUUGCACAUAAAACAGCUUUUUACUCCAAUUUUCUCGAACUCCAAAACCCAAAGUGUUCGUGGCUGUGUCCCUGUGCUUCACUGGGUUUCUCAACAGUGGCUUUUCACCGCAGCUUGUCUGAACCUUUAGCCUACAAAGUGGCAGUUUUUAUUGUGACUUGCCUUUGAACUUGGUCAUAUUGAUGUACACUAUCCAAGGGGGAACUUAAAUUUCAAGGAAUGUCUUUGUGCUUUGUGCACAAUUAAGAUCUAAGUUUGUCCAGCUUCCAAACAAAAGGCCCCUGUUUGAUUUUAAUGGAAAACAUCUCUUUAUUUUUAAGGAGCAACCAAAAGUGUGUUAAACUUGUCUUAAUUUACAACAGAUUUUGUAUGAAACUUAACCCUUUUAGUCCUGAAAGGUGGGUAGAUAGCUCAAAAAGGAGACUGACCUCUUUUAACAUUUCAGAGGCUACCACAGCCGAAACGGUUUUUAAGCAUGGAUAAUGUUGACUUGUAUGUGACAUAUUAUGUGCAAAUUUUAAUCUCUGCAUCCUUUCUGUGCUGUAUGGUUAUAAAAUCCAGGACCUGUGGUCAGGUUGUUUGUUUUUCUAAAAAAAAAAAAAAAACUGAACUGGUUUGAUUAGUUGCAGUGAAGUUUUUUGCAACUAAAGGUUAAAAAGCCGAGAGCACUUUUAAAGACUGUUGCAAACAUUGGAGCGUGGAGCUCUGUACCCUUUCUUGUUGCCCAGAACAGAUGUAUGUGUAAUGUCCCAGGAAAUACAAGCUACCAAACAUGAAAAGGCACAGGGAAUAAAUUAGUCUUUAAGAUUUUUAAUCUAGUCUCUGAUUCUUUGUUUCAGUACUUCUAUAAAGUAUAUGCCACAGCCUUG